AUGUCAGCAAACGUGACAGCAACCAUAAAUGGAACACAGUCCAUGUCGGGCUGCUUCAACCCCACAGCGACAAGAAUUGGUGAAAUCUUUGCCUUCUGUCUGCUAUUUGUUGUGUCGCUGGCUGGAAAUAUCCUCAUUGGAAUUAUUGUCUACAAGGAAAAAGCUCUGAGAACACCAAUCAACAUUUUGAUUGUAAACAUGGCAAUCUCCGAUCUGUUGUUCUCGAUUAUCCAUUUUCCUGCACUUUUUGUAAGGUUAAACACGGCCAGCCACUGGCUGCCCAGCAGUCCACUUGGCCAAGCGUUGUGUAGACUAAAGUACUUCGCGUAUCAUGCCUCCAGUAAUGUGUCCAUUCAGAGCCUAGUUCUAAUAGCAGUGGAUCGAUUUGUAGCUGUGGUAUUUCCUCUCCGUCCCUCACUGAUCAGUUCAAAGCGAUGCAGGCUCUUCAUUCUCGUAAUUUGGGUCGUCGCCAUGGCAGUCUCUUGCCCACAAUUGUUUAUGUGGAAAGUUGACGAGUAUGCAGAAGGGCUGGUUUGUCAGCGGAGAUGGAACGACAUUCGAUUAAGAGAGUCCUCAUCGAUUAAAAACUACACUCUGGUAACGAUCAUUGUAUUCAUCUAUGUCCCUUUGGUUUUGAUUGCCAUACUUUACUUUUCCAUUGCCGUAAGAAUUAAAUCGCAGCAGAUUCCAGGUGAGCCUUCAGUAAACGCAAGAAAACAGCGCUUGAAGAGAGAAAGAAGUGUUCUGAAGAUGUCCGUUGCCAUCGUGUUCGUUUUUGCAGUAUGUUGGGUGCCAUUCAGUAUCGUUUUCCUCCUAUCCUCGUUUUCAUCAGACAGCGCCAUGAUUUCAUCUUGUGCCUUCCAAUACUCUGUGCAUAUUGCCAUUUUUCUGCUUGUAUCAUACUGCGCUGUAAACCCUUGUAUCUGUUUCAUAUUCAGCGGUAAUUAUCGUCAAGGUCUUAAGAACCUCCUCGGCUGUUUCUCUACUAAUCAAGCUGCCCUGACAUAGUUGUCGCCCCAAUUUUUUGCACACUGUUCAGUAUU